CCCAGAGAAUGAGGUGAAUCAUGAUCUUUUCGGAAGUCAAGCCAAGGACCCAGGAAUGUGCAUGACAGCGGAAGUACUCUUCCAGGCAAGCGCAGUAAGGCAAUGGAGACGGGAAACCUUGAAAUACCGGCGGAAUGGAAGAACGAGAUCCACAAGCUCUCGAGAUGGUAUGGGAGUGAUGAAAGAUAUUUGGUCGCUCACGUGCAGUCACCUCCCUCGACCGACGAUGGUAGUUGGAUGGCCUUGGUCUUGCAUACCAUAGGGUUGAGAGCGAGCGGAGGGGAAUAUACCGAGGCAAUGAGACCCGUGGUGUCGAGAUACGGUGGCAUCGGAUUGGCCUCAGACUUUGAUGUCAGAUACAAACUGAUCAUCAUUGAUGCCGACCACUCCAAUAGUGUCGACUAUGCGGUCUCGCUGGUCAAGUUGUCCCUCCUCGCGAAGACCGAAGAUGCGACUAUCUUGCGCUUCGUCUGGUUAUCAUCUGCCCCCGUUGACAAAAGUUUAGGUAGGAUGCUCGCCGUUGCAACCAACAGAUCAGAGGUUCCCAUCACAGCCUUUCGGUUGACACAGCAGAUCAAAUCGGCGAGCUUAUCAGAUUUGAAAUGGAUUCAACACAAAGUAAGCGACGAGGAGUACCCAGACGCUGUGAUGGAAGCUAUUGCUUCAGAGCGUGCGAUGGUUCAGGACCCGGGUCCGUCGGUACGUAAAACACCGAGAACGGUGGUCUUCUGGGACGGGGAAUCCGAGUGGAAGCGGCACCUUCUGAAACAUAGGUUUCUAGUGGCCGCUUGGAAGCACAUUACCGGGAAGCAUCUCGGAACACUCUGCAUCGGCGGCGAUUUGAUGGAAAGAUCGUUGAUUGAUGCCAAGAACGCGCACCAUUUGGUUCUUGCCAAGACUAAGAUAAAGAAGGUAUUCGACGCAGAGACAUCGCAUGUGGUUUGGACAGAUGCGCCGUUGUCGAGGGACCAGAUGCUAGCUCAAGUAACCUGUGCUUUGGAUAAGGAAGUGGAGCAGGCGGAUAGAACCAUCCACGCCCAAGUGGCACUGCAGGACAUCCUUGGCGCGGAACCUGAGAGGGAAUUCGAAGAUAUACACCUUCCUGUCUUCAUCAUGCAUGUGAUGAACGAAUGUCCCAACAUUGACAUCGACCGUCUUCGUGUUUGCUUUUUCAAGGAGCCGGCAUUCGCUGAGGCUAUUCGUCGGCUUUAUGCGUUGGGGUACAUCUACUACGGCCUGAAUGGAAUCAGUGUACAUCUCAACGUGUAUCUGGCCCAGGAGACUCUUGGAUUCCUGUUGAUCGCGGGAAACGACUUGUCAGUAGCCCGCUUUCUGAGCUGCAUAACAGCGGACACGCCCGCCACGGCGCGAUCCGCGAUCAUUGACAUUACGGCCAUUGUGCUCGGGUGCCACACUUUGAAUCCUUUCUUCAAUAUUUCAGCCGAUUCCUUUACUGACGAAGAGUCUAUCAACGGGCUGUUGCAGCGGCAUUGCAUAGACGUGCCAAACGAUGCUAUCAAGAGUGGCGCUAUGUGGUUAGCUUUGGCUAUCUUCCGCCGAUAUAGAGAGGAGUGGGAUACUGACAUGGGUCUCAUCAAAUUUGAGGAUGAGAAGCUUACUCUUUCGUCCAAUACAUGUCGCAAAAUUAGUUAUUAUGCGAAGGUGAUCGAGGAACGUGUGAUCCACUUGGUCCUGCAGGCUCAGGGCAACGCAUCAGGAGCGGCGCUCGGAAUCUCCCAUGAAGAGGUGAGACAGAUUCAAAGGGGCAUGGUUCUCGCUUGGGCACACAACGUCCUUGUUCCCGACGGCAACGAUGGCCUGGACAGCAUCUUUUCCGGGAGCCCGAUCAAGCUGCCUUUCAACCAAGGUCUGCGGCUCCCUCAGGAUGCAUCACUACAUGUACUCAGCUUUGGGUUCGCCUUGCUUGAGUCGAAGUACUUUGCAUGACUCCCGACGGUCAUACCGGAACAGGUUCUGUUCGAGACUUUGGGCGAAAUGGGCUGUGACCUGACGGACUUUGCUACGGUCUAUUUUGGGGAGUAUGUUUGGAAGAACGAUGAGGAUGAUUCGGAAGGCUCGCUGGAGGACGAAGCGGAUCAAAGCAACGAAGCAUAGGUGAGUAGUCAAGAAGUUCCUGGACCGGCAUUACCUCUUGUGUCGGUCGCUUACGUAGAUCCUGCGCAUGUCUCGAGGUAAGAGGAGAGAGUUGAGGGCACCAAUUAUAGUUUAAUAGACUCUUUCAUACCCAAAGCUGCU